UGAGCUGGGACACGCUCCCCCCCCUCCCCCCGGGACACACUCCUAGGCUCCAGUCCCACAUGGCCCCCAAUCGUCUUCCUUUCCACUGCCUCAGCAGCUGAGGUGUCCCCUGCGCCCCCUCGACGACGCCCCCACCCCCACCACGAGCCGGGACCUGCACCCAGCACCCGGCCUCUGGAAGGACCUGGGUCCCAGGCCUGGAUGAGGGCCCCGUCUGGUCUGGGACCCGCAGGCGGGCUCGUGCGGAGAGGGGAGCGCUCCCUCUGUCGAGGGCUAGCACGAGGUGCUGAGGAAGCUCCACUCCAGCCCGCACGCUGGGACCUAUUCUCCCAAGAUGCCCCUGGGCAGACGGAGAAAAACGUUUUUGGAAGAACAUGGACGUUUCCAAAAAGCAGCACCGAAUUAGCAUCACCGGGAAAGUCAGAAUUUUCCGGACUUUCUUACACGGGUCUCAUGGCUCAGUGGUGUCUCCUCCGAGUUCCAGACGGGACCGGGGUGUCAACGGUUCUCUGUGCUGGAGCCUCUGCCGAGAGCACCCGCUUCUUCCUGGGGGUGCAGGAAAAGCUUCCCCGACCACCACCUCCCGGAGUCAUUUAGAGCAAGCAGGGAUUCCUUUUCCACUUUUACCACGUCUCAUUUCCGUCUUGCUCAACAGAAAACUAAGCCCUCUGGGGGCGGGUUUGCACGUCUCGGGGUGCGGUCAGGGACAACAGGUAACACGUUGUCUUAGCAAACAGGUAACCACACUUCACGCUGCCCCGAGGAGGGGCCGUGGGCUGCCCCCGUGGCCGGCUCUGUGGCUGUGGGGGAACCUCAUUCCAAGCGCCACAGACACGACGCGUCGGCAGGAAAUGGAGACACAGGAGGGGAAGCUCGUGUUCGCAGGCAGGGAAGCGUCCACGCAACGACAGCCCCGAGCCAGUCUUCAGACGCACCUCACACCCCGACGUCCCGAGGGGGCACGGCCCUGGGGCGGGACGUUAACGGCCCGUCUCUCUGGCCUGCCCUCCCACCACCAGCUGUGCCCUGAGAUGGGUUCCACGGGGGCUCCUGAACCCCUGACUCCCCCACGUGUUACCCCGUACGACGCAGAACCUUCAGACGGGUUCCCAGAACUCUCCUCUCCGCGCGCCCCCUUCCGUCCAGCGUCCGUGCUGGCUUGUCAUUUCUGCGCCCUGUUAGAUGGCGAGCGUCCGAGGGAGGGAGCCACGUCCCAGCCCUUUGUGGUCACCCAACCCCCACCAAGGGUCAGCACACGGUGCAAAGGAGGCACCUGAUACAAGGUUUGUCGAACUGAGUGCCACAAAUCACGAUUCAGAUCCCUGAGGAUUCAGCUCCUGGGUUGAAAUACAUCAGAAUGGUUUCCUUCGCACGAACACGAUUUCACAGUGUCGCCAGCCCACGCCCGCCCCUGUGAACUCCUCCAGCAGAAGCAAGAGUCUGGCACGUGUCUGAGUAAAUGGCGAGCGGCGACUCUCUUGGGCCGUUAAAGGGGGUUCAGCUGGGUCAGGUUGUGGCAAAUACCCACAUGCCCUAAGCUCAGUGGGAACGCCGUCCUUCUUCUUCGUGCAAUUCAGGAGACACGGUUUUGGAAGGGGCUCAAAGUCGAUCUGGAGACGAACAUGAGUAAUGCUGUGUGGUCGCUCCCGCCCGGGGUCAGUGCCAAGGGCAAGGAUGGGGAGCGGCACCCACAUCUGAGCCGGGCAGGAUGCCAGCAGCAGAGCCUCCCCGGCCCCUGUGGCUGCAUCUCGAGAGGCGGGUGAGUGAACGGGCAAGGGUGAAAUCCCUCGUGUGGGAGGGAAGGGCACGGCGUUCAGAAGGGCCGAGCCGCGAGUGAGGACCGCUUCAGGUGGCCAGGUUGCAGCCCGUGCCGGGGGACAGACGAGGGUCACGGGCGCAGGCAUGAGCCCCGAGGCAGCAGCCUCUCCUGGAAGGGAAAGGUCUCGGGCAGAUGAGGACUUGCUCCGCCUUCUAGAAGGGGCGUAAUGAUGCAGGGCUGGCAGACAGACUUGAGAAAGGGGAGUCUGGAAGCAGGGAGAUCACUCAGAAGCCACCGGAAUUGUCCAGGUGAGAGAUGACAAACUGAGCUAACGUGUGAACCCAGGAGAGAGAGUCGGAAACUAUUACUUAGAUUGCGUGGCUGGAUUAGACAGGGAGGAGGGGAGAGGGGAGAGGGGGAGGGAGGGGUGCCGGCUCCAGGCUCUGUCAUCGGACGCUGGAGGACAGGGACUCUGGUUUCCAACACGUCUACUUUGAGGUUUCUGGAGACCAUUCUAGGGGGGGAAUCUACACAGUUAGACGUUUUAGAGCCAGUCCCAGAAGACCAGUCUGGGCUGGAAUUCGUUUUCCGCAAGACAUGAGUCCUUGUGCCUUAAAAAGAGAGACGCUCCGAGCAAACGAAUCUGAGAACACGGUUUUCUGUGUCAGAGAGCCUCCCACAACACCAUGGUGCAUCGACGGCUCCGAGAGGUCCCGCACCAGAGACCCGCCAAAGCUCUCGGUGCCCGGGCUUGUUGGACCAUGAGACUCUUCGUCCGACGAGCAAAUGUCAACUGGAUGUCGACGCUGGGGGCCACAGGCGAUGGAUGAAGCCACAAGGACGUGGACUGGCCCAGGUGUGCUCCGGCAGGUGUGCUGGUGUGUGGACAAGGGGGAGGUCGAGGACAAAACCCCAGCCAUAGUCACUCUGAACAUCUUUCAAGCCACCUGGGCCUCUCUUACACCGAUGGCCACCAAACGGGAGGCGUGGACAUCUCUGCCUCAUGUUGUUCAUCGCUGCGUACCUACCUUCCUUUCCCAUUGAUGCUGUUCAAUGAGCAUUGAUCAAACAGUCGGUGAACGGCACUGUGGCUGGAUGGACAGAGGGAUCACUGGACCGUGACCUUGGUGAUGGACAGUUCCAGCACCUGCCCUCUGGACUCUGCUGAGGACCUCGAAGACGGAGGCUAACCUCACCCCCCCCCCCCCGGGCUGGCCAUCUUGUUGAGGCCGCCUUCUCCGGUUUGGAGCCCCAGGAUCCAAGUUUAGAGGCGGUGUCGCCUAGGCUUUGGGGGACGUUCAGGGAGAUCACAGAAUGUACUGAUGUUGAGAGCGGAGGAAGAGAAACCCUCAACUUGUAAAAGAAAACCAAAGAAAGUACGCAGAGGUAAAGAAGGAAACCACAAGAGUCCUGUUCAAAGCAGAAAUGCAUUUCAAGGAGACAGAUCAGCACGAUCCAGGCAGGUCCAGAAAGGCCGCCACAGGGUUUGUAACCAGGGCACCAGCGGGGACUGCCGUGAGAAGCAUUUCGAAGCAGUGGACACAAAAGCCGGGCUCGGGGGUUCAAGGUGAAUGGGGUGGGGCAAGGUCCACACGUGCAGACCUCUCCUUCUGGAAGCGCCAUCCUGAGAUGGGGUGAAGGGAGGUCUCUGAGAAGGGGCGGGAGCCGGGCCCAGAGCUCAGGUGAGAUCCUGAGCCGGAAGCAGGGCCGGGAGGGAAGGAGGGAGAGGAGCGUGUUUGUUUACGAGGAGGGGAAUCUCUUGUCUCGCGGAUCUGGAGGCCAGACACCUGAACUCAAGCUGCUCCCCACUUUCCCUCGGGCUCUGGGGCCACCGGCAGCCCAGGUGAGCCCAGCUUCGUCUCCACAUCGGUCACCCCGGGGCAUCCCCCCUCGCGUGCCCUGGUGUCCAAAUCUCCCCUUUCCGCGAGGACGUGAGUCAGUCCAGAUUAAGGGCCAGCGCUGCUCUGGGUGACCACAUCCUACACAAGUACAUCCGCAAUGACCCGAUUUCCAAGGAAGCUCUCCUUCGGAGGCCCUGGGGCGUUAGGACUGCAGCGUCUCUUCGGGGUGACACAGUUCAACCCGUCACAGGUGGCACCUUCCUUUCUGGGACAAGGGCUGAUGCACAGGAAGCUUGACGAGAGGAGACCUUUCAAGUGCAGAAUCCACAUUUCCAUCACCUCUGCCAGCCCCUGGCCAGCGGCUACGUGCUGGGGGCGAUUUCAUCAUCCUCUGACCCCCGGUGACGUCCCCCCCCCCCCACCGCCCAUCCCGGGCAGCAGGUGGAGUCGUCUGGCCUCGCUACGUCUAGAAAAGCAGAUCAAAGCUGAACCACAAAGAGGGAGAAAAGCCAGUUCUCGGCUUUUGACGUUCAAACUAGACUUUUGAAAUUCCCCACAGAAGCCGCAUUGGUGAGAAGGGCUGUGUGUGCGACAGCUUGGCUCAAGUUUAAGCCGUGGAACCGAGGACGAGAACGGGAAGCAUGAGGGACGCCAUAAGUGGGGGAGGGACGCCAUAAGCUGGGCUGAGGGUCCGCAGGUGGGCGGGAGGACCGUGCACCUGCUCCAGCGCCCGGCAGUGUCCUGGCCGGAGCCCCCGCUGUCCCCUCGUGUACAGAUGGGCCGCCGCGUCCCAGCAGAGAGGAAGCAACCUCUAUUGCCAAAAUUAAUAGUAACAAUAACUGAGGUUCUGCUGAUCCAGGCCAACCUCCUCCCUCUUCCAAGAAGGGUUGUCUAAGGUCCAGGAGAGACACCAGCACCUGUGCAUGGAAAAGUCAGGGUGGCUCUCCUGAUCUCAGGUCACCUUGACUGUCUACACAGCAGGGGCAGCAAGAACACGGAACGCUGGCCUCCGGCAGGGUCCAGUGCCACGGAUUCCCGUUGGCCCCUUCGUGCCUGAGUGACGGAGAUCUGAAAAUGCUCUAAGGGAGCCAAGCUCGCUGACAGAGUCUCCCCUUUCUUCUCGCCGCUCUACGGACAAAAGCCAGGGAAUGGUACUACUGGGAAGACCAGGGCUUAUGUUUAGUAGCAGGUCUUAUGUAUUUGACGCUGUGUGUGCGGCCGGCACGUGCUGAGCCCUUUGCAUCAGUGUCCCUAACGCUCAAAUAAUCCCAUUUCCCAGAUGAAGCAUCAGAGAUGUUAAGCCACCGGCCCGAGGCCACCUAGGCAGUAAGCCAUAUGGCGGGAUCGAAACCCAGGAAUCUGCUGGAAACCGAAGCGAUGCUCCUUCCCAGCCGCCGCGCUGUCCUGUCCCCGUCCAGAACACGUGUGCGCUUCCUCAGCCGCUUCCCGUAAAGACCAGAAGGAAGCGUUUGGGAAUGCGAUGCCAUCAAGCACCUGCUACGUGCCCGGCACGGUGCAUUUGCACGGCUCGCCUCAGCCCCAGUGUCAGAAAUUCCCUCCGCCGUUAAUGCCGACCUCCCUGGAAGCCAGCAUCGCUGAUGAGAGAAGCACCAGAUUGGCCUACGGACCAGUGAUUUCACUCAGUUUACACCUAAUGGGACUCAUGUAACCAACUCUGCCACUCUGUUGCUCAGAAAAUUGCAUCGGUUCCUCCUUCAAGGCUCGGAGUUGAAGUGCGGGUCCCUAAUCUGGUUCUCGAGGCUCCCAGGGCCUGCAGUGUCUCCCGCUGUGGCCUCCACGCACCCCCCACCAGAAGACGUAAGUCACGUUCCCGCCACGGCUCACACCAUCAUCACUGCCACCGCCCCCGCAUCCCCCACGCUGCCUCCUUAGAGACCCAGUGCGCGUGCUAGCCUCUCCGGGGACCUUUGCCGGACCGCUUGCGACCAGAAGUAACGCCUCUCCUCUGACCUGCACACGUUUAUCUGUGUCCCCUGAGACGUGAGCACAUUCGACCCUGCAUACGGCGAGUUCUGUGCAUGAGUCAGCGUGCCUCCAGCUGUGGGCGUCUUGAGGGCUCAGCAUUUGAUGCCUGUUCUCCAAAGCCCCUCGCGGUAUCUGACACAUGGCAAGAGCUCAAUGGGUGUUAGCCAAAUGGAUUAAAAAAUAAAGACACUGUU